GUGAAAGUAAUACAGUAUCCGACAUUUUGUUGAAGCUCACUGAAGACUGAAGACAUCUUAGCUCGACUGUUUUUACUUCGUCUCCUUUGCAAUAAAUCUUGGUGAAAGUGUCAUCUGAAAAAUCAAACGGGACCAUGAUGUAUCAGAGCUUUGAGAACACGGCACAGAGGACAGAUGGAGAUGAAUCUUCUGUCAAACACCGGCUGCUGCUGCUGAUUGGGAAAACCGGGUCUGGGAAAAGCAUCACAGGAAACAUGAUCUUCAAUGCUUCAGUGUUUGAGUCCAGGAAAAGCUCUUCAUCAGUGACGAGAGUCAGUCAAACACACACUGGAUCUGUGAAUAACCGCAGAGUAACAGUGGUCGAUACUCCAGACUUCAGAUUCUCCACACACACUGACUUUGACUCAGACUUUGAGCUGAAGACCACUCUUCGGUCAUGUGCACCAGGAGCUCAUGUUAUUCUGCUCUUUCUGCCUUUAAGCACCUUCACUGAGCAGGAGCAGGAGUUCAUCCACUGGUUUGAGCAGAAGUUUGGUGCAGAAGCUCUCAGAUUUACUCUGGUGCUCUUCACUCAUGCAGAUAAACCACACAUGAGGACACUAGGAGAACUGAUCAGGGGAAACACCCAAUUAUCUGAUUUCAUUAAUCGGUAUGGUCACAGAUAUCAUGAGUUCAACAUUAAAGCUCCAGCAAACAGUCGACAGGUGACUGAACUGAUGGAGAAAGUAGAGAGACUGGUGUCUGAGAACUCACACUACUCCUAUACACUGGAGAUGAUGGAGGAGGAGGAGAAGAGGAGAGAAGAGAAGGAGAUGAGAGAGGAAGAGGAGAAAGAGAGAGAACAUCAGAUUACAUUAGAGAGAGUCAGACAAGAGACUGAGAUACAGGUCAGGAGAGAAUAUGACGAGGAAAAACAGAGGAGAGAAGAGGAGAUUAGAAAGAGAGAAGAGCAGAUGGCAUUAGAGAGAGACAGACGAGAGACAGAUAUACGAGUCAGGGGAGAAUAUGAGGAAGAGAAGAGGAGAGAAGAGAAAGAGAAUAAAGAGAGAGAACAGCAGAUGACAUUAAAUAAAGCAGGAAGUAAGAAAAACAAACAAUUCAAUAAAAAAAAUAGAAACUAUAAGGGUCAGAAAAAGGAAAAAAAUCGAUGUGUUUUCAGUUGAUUUACAUGAUCAGUGUAAUUCUGUUUUGUGUGUGUGUGUGUGUGUGUUAAUGAGUAAGAAAGACUCUUCACUGUGGAUGCUUAUGUGUGGCUUCAUUACUUGAGUUUGCUCAGGGAUUCUCUGUAGACUGAUGUGGGAGAGUCCAUUCAUUUCUUCUUCUCCUCAUGAGUGUCCCAGUUUUAAGUAAAUCAUUAAAACAUUAAUAAAUGCCUCAGCAGUCUACUGGUCUCAGAAAUUUUGUUUAUCACAGUGUUAUUGUGCAAAGACAUGAGUAUUUUCCUCCUCAGUGCUCAUCAGCAUGAAUGCCUCAAGGUUCUUCUGUGUUAAAGUGCUUCUGAGCCAGUUUUUUUUAUGAAUUUCAAUAUUGAAAAACUUCUCCCAUUACUUGUGUGAUUGACAGAGUUAAUAGCAACUUGUAGGUGAGUCCAAUAACAUGGUAGGAGUCAGUUAGAAGAUUGUACUAAGAGAGAAUGAGAUGGACACAAAUGGCAGUUUUUACAAGAGGAACCAGUUUUGCUCUCUAGUUUCUACAUCCUGCUGUUCCACGGAAGGAUCAACAUCACUUUAUUGUGGCAUUUCACUGGCUGUCCUGACAAUGUAACCUUGCAGAGGGGACAUCUUUAGUCUGUCCCACUGAGAUGCAAUGCUGCACAGUUCACCACAAACUGUAGCUCUUUUGUUAAAUUUAAGCAGACAUGUGCUUAUUUCUUCCAGAGCUGAGCUUUGGACUCCAUUUUUCCUCACAUGAACAAAGUUUUUAGGGCCUGAACAGGCAAGAUGAGAACAAAGUUUUUCAUUAGCAUAAAACCACUUGUGCAUACUGUCUAUUACUGUGUCCAUAAUGACAUUGUGUUACCCUGAAGUCAGCAUCUGCUGAUGGCAGCCGCUCAUCUUCUGCAAGCUCUCCUGGCAUCUUUUUCUUCUUUCUGAUCCUUCUUUCAGAAAGCGCAGCCUGUACUACAAGCACACACUCUCCCUUCUCUGGCAACUUUCCAUUAGCCAACUUCACAAACCCAUCAGCUGCACACUUAACUCCAUCAAAAUCCCUGGCACACUUUCUGAGACCCUCUUCUGUCCCCUCAACCAGACAUUGAGCUGUGAUUAUAACCAUUCUCCUUGUAGAAGCCAUUUAUUGUAUAUUGGUGAUUGGCCACAAGGUGGCAGUACCAGACUAUAUAACUGUGGCUUCACUGCAUGGAGAAAGAAAGCAUUGGUAGGAAGCACAGUUUUUGACCGUGACGUAACUUUGACUGUUACUUAAGGUAAAGAAAGUAGUGUAAUAUUG